CUGGAGUCUUCCUGCUCCAGGCUCUAGUUGGAUCAAGUAACAUGGAGGCAAGGGGAUGGCACAGAUGACCUCGGACCUCGAGUUUUGCCCCUUAAAGCAUGCGUGUGUUCUGUGACAUGAGGGACAGUGGUUGGGGGUGGCCCUGAAGGGCUGAGCCUGAAAGGGGGGCUUUAGGCCUUCUAGUCACAUCUCUCCUUGACCUUUGAGCUCCUUUCCUUUGGCCCCCACAGCUGCUUGCCUCUCUGCCCACUCCCCUCUGCACCCCCCAGGGCAGGCCCGUGGGGCCCGGACUGACCGGGUGGGGACAGGUGUCCUGGCCCAGCUGCUCCCUCUUGUUUCUCCCACCUGUCAGCCCAGGGGGUGAAGGGUGAGGGGCUGGCCAGCAGGGGAGAGUGGGAACCCCUUGGUCCCCUCACCUGCUCCCUGGGGCUCGGUGGGGGUGGGGUGGGGGUCGCUUGUUGUAAAGUGUGGCAGAAGGAUUGAGAGUGGACAGUGGGCAGGACUUCGCCACUCAGAGCCAGGAUGGUGCCAGAUCAGAGAAAGCUGGUUGAUAGCCAGGGGUCUUCGCACAGUCCGCUCAUGAAAGGGAGGGCUGUGAAUUGAAUCUGGGGGCAAGGGUUUGUGUAGCUGCGUAGAGGUACCCCCCCACCCGCCUGGGCCCCGUCCAUCUGGCUGGGCAUCUUAGCCUCACCUGGCACCUUUCCUGAAAGCAGCGAGCUAAUCCUGUAAGAGUUGCCUGGCUGGCCGCCUCGGCAGGCCCACGCAGCCGCCCUGCCCGCCCUCCCCUGCCAGGGGCUUAGAGGACUGUCCUUCGAGUCAGGAGGAGACCCAGCCACUGCCCUAAGCGGCCCCUUUAAAUCCUCGGUGGCUCCCUGAGGUCAUGAUGUCUCUAGGAGGAUUUGCUUCCUCUGAUUGGAUUGGCCUCUUUUGGGCCCCGUCUGUGACUGUAGGUGGACACUCACAGCCUGACCCUCCAGCUGCCCUGUCGUCAGGCUGGGUGCUGCCCCGUGGGAGGGCCCGGGCCUCGAUCCUUGUGUCCUCUCUCCUCGCCUUCCUGUUCUGGCAGCCAGGGCCCAGACCCCGCCACCUGCCUCUGCUCUGUGCGCGGGAAGGAAGGGUCCCACCACCGCCCUGGAAGAGCGUCUUCGGAGACCGUCUCCUGCCCUGUUGUCCACUUUUUCCUUCUCAGCCUGCUCUUCCUUCGCCCGGGGGCCGGCACUCCAUAGUUACCCCGCGCCCUCACUUCCACGGGAAGUCCCUCCCCUGCUCUAACCAUCAGCCCACCCGCUUGCCGUGGCAGGCGGCCCAGACACAGCGCUGGUGGCUCACCCAACGGCUCUCAAGCUGACCCGCCCCAAGGCCCCAGCUGCCACUUUCACUUCUGUCUCCUGAGACCCCAGAGGGAAGUUGGGUGGGGAGGUAGAAGGUGACACACUAACCGUCCCAACCGCUUCGGAUGGCCAGGGGGCCCCCGGCCACCACUCUCAUCUGGAUGAGCCGAGUGGAAGGACUGGCUGCAGUGGGAGGGCAGGAAGGCCUUCCCGGAAGAGCGGACCACUAGGCCAGGGCAGGGCUGCCGAGGGCGCUGCUCUGACUGGACAGGCAGACAAGACCUCCUCGAGGCGGCCAGGGGACGGGUUGCCUUCCAGUCCCCGCGGGCUGGCGCGUUGCCGGGGCCUCCGUGCUCCCUGAGACCUUACCAGCUGCCCCUGCUUGGUUGGGUGACUUCUAACAAAGCGAAUUUGAGCCCCAGAGACGACUUUGAGGCCAAAAGUGCAGCCCUGGGAAGUCCUCUCUGAGCCUAGCAUGUGUCUUGUCUGCUGCACGAGGCCGUCUCCUCUCAUUUGGAGGGUUGGAAGUGGAUUUUAGAAAUGAGAAUAGAGGUAGAAGUAAAGGACAACCAGCCCGUCCUCCUGCUGCCCCAGUCUGGGCAUUAAGAGCUGGGCUCUUUUUCCUGGGAGCCCCCAGGGAGCCCCCACGAAUCUCCGAUGCUUGCUUCCGUCUCAGGGUCACACCCCCACCCCACUCAGAGGAGGGACAAGAGCGGAGGGCCCCAUGGGACUGAGAGCUUAGACAGUACCACGGGGAUUCUUUAUUCAUUCAGGGAUGCUUUCUAGACAAGGUGCCGGGAACUCCAUCCUAAGUGCCUAGGUGUGCUGGGUGGGGGUGGCCCAGUUCCCGGAAUGGGAAGUUGAGCCUCGUGGAAUAAGGUCAGAGACACUAUGCAAAUCCCCAUGCAGAUGGUGGUAGUGAGUCAUUAUGGAUCAGUCUGCCGGCUAGAGCAUGAAGCAAGGCUCAGGCUUCGGUUCCAGAACCAGCCCCACUAAUGACCAUGACCGUGACCUCGGGGGGCAGUCACUACCCAAGCCCUGGGUCUUAUAGGCAUUCCAGGUGUGUUUGGGGUUGGGGUGGCUGAAUCUCUGCAGCCAGAGCCCUGGUGUGCCCCACCUGGUACCCGCCCUGGCUGACCAUGAGCCUCUCUCAACCCUCUGCCAUCUGUUACGAGGGUUACUGUUCAGAAAGCACCUUCCGUCUUUAUCAGCCCCAUCCAUCCCUCCUGCCUUCUGGUCCCCACACUGCCCUUCCCCCUAGGCUGGAGGACAGUGGACCCAACCAGGCCGUGUCUUCUGUUACCUCCCCGUGGAGGAACCUGCUCCUGACCUCCCUUCCUUUUGGGCCUCUCUAAGGAGCACAGGAACCAAAUGUCCUGGCUGAAAGGGCACUCGGCUAUGUGCUCCUCUCCAGCCACCCAUCGUACUGACCAGUGGGGUAACACCUGGCGGGACAGUGACUUAUUCACGGUCACACAGUCAUUUAGGACCAGAGCAAGCACCAGAACCCAGGCAUCCAGAAGCCCUGCCCAAAGAUCCCAUGCUUCCCUGGGCUGUUUGUUGCCCAACCACACCCACCCCUUUUCUGCUAGGAUUCAAUCUCCCGUUACCCCAGAUUCUUCCUGAGAUGAGGCCCGGUGGCUCCAGAAACUUGGGAGGAUUUGGGGUGAGGGGUGGUUCCUAGGAGCCGGCCCAGAGGCCGCCAGGGGAAGCCCAGAGCUGCGGUAGGCGGUGCCCGAGCCUGGGGGGUGGGCUGGCUGCCGCCUCUGUCGGGCACUGGACACGCUCUGGCCGCUGCAGGAAGGAUGGGAGCUAGACUACAGGAAGGACAAGCUGGGGCGGGGAGGCAGUGGAGGAGGCUCAGGAGACAGACCCUCACUGGAGAGACAUCUCCUGGGCAGAGAACAGGAUGACCCCAUCCCAGGGGAUUUGUCCCGACGGGAAGCCUGGGGUGGGGCUCGGGAGAGGUGUCCAGCGGAAGCUGCAGGGAGGGUGCCCAGCGAGCUGGCCACGCGGGGUGCUCCUCUGGCAAGUCCGUUCCUGUCCCUUCAGCCAAGGCUGCAGUGCCUGUCUCCACUCGCCUUCCUGGGGCACCUGGGACCUGAGACCACCCCUGCCCUGGGUCCAGCUUUCCCGGACUGGUCCUCCCCCUCCCCCCAGCCCGCCAGCCCGCCCCCAGGUCCCUGUCGGACGCUGUGCAGAAGGUGUCCUGCAGACCAUGAACUGAGCCCUGGUUCCAGGCCGUUCAUGAGCACAGUGUGAGGCGUGCCGAGACCUGCCACCCAGCAAUCCCCUCCCCUCCCUAGCGCUGAGGAUCCCCAGAGAAGAUGGGGAGGAAAAAGAUUCAGAUCCAGCGAAUCACUGAUGAGCGGAACCGACAGGUGACAUUCACCAAGCGCAAGUUCGGACUGAUGAAGAAGGCGUACGAGCUGAGCGUGCUCUGUGACUGUGAGAUCGCGCUCAUCAUCUUCAACCACUCCAACAAGCUGUUCCAGUAUGCGAGCACCGACAUGGACAAGGUGCUGCUCAAGUACACGGAGUACAACGAGCCGCACGAGAGCCGCACCAACGCCGACAUCAUCGAGACCCUGAGGAAGAAGGGCUUCAACGGCUGUGACAGCCCCGAGCCCGACGGGGAGGACUCGCUGGAGCAGAGCCCCCUGCUGGAGGACAAGUACCGGCGUGCCAGCGAGGAGCUGGACGGGCUCUUCCGGCGCUACGGGUCAGCUGUGCCGGCCCCCAACUUUGCCAUGCCCGUCACGGUGCCCGUGUCCAGUCAGAGCUCCCUGCAGUUCAGCAAUCCCAGCGGCUCUCUGGUCACCCCUUCCCUGGUGACAUCAUCCCUCACGGACCCGCGGCUCCUGUCCCCGCAGCAGCCAGCGCUGCAGAGGAACAGCGUGUCUCCGGGCCUGCCCCAGCGGCCGGCCAGUGCAGGGGCCAUGCUGGGGGGAGACCUCAACAGUGCUAACGGAGCCUGCCCCAGCCCUGUUGGAAAUGGCUACGUCAGUGCCCGGGCUUCCCCCGGUCUCCUCCCCGUGGCCAACGGCAACAGUCUCAACAAGGGCAUCCCUGCCAAGUCCCCACCCCCGCCCACCCACAGCGCCCAGCAUGGAGCCCCCAGCCGCAAGCCCGACCUGAGGGUCAUCACUUCGCAGGGAGGAAAGGGGUUGAUGCAUCACUUGACUGAGGACCAUUUAGAUCUGAACAAUGCCCAGCGCCUUGGGGCCUCCCAGUCUACCCACUCACUCACCACGCCAGUGGUUUCCGUGGCAACACCGAGUUUACUCAGCCAGGGCCUCCCCUUCUCCUCCAUGCCCACUGCCUACAAUACAGAUUACCAGCUGAGCAGUGCCGAGCUCUCCUCCCUCCCAACCUUCAGCUCGCCCGGGGGGCUGUCGCUAGGCAGUGUCACCGCCUGGCCUCAGCCUGCGCAGCCGCCCCAGCCGCCCCAGCCGCAGCCGCCCCAGCCGCCCCAGCCGCCGCCCCAGCAGCCCCAGCAGCCGCCCCAGCCGCAGCCCCAUCUGGUCCCCGUGUCUCUCAGCAGCCUGAUCCCGGGCAGCCCUCUGCCUCACGUGGGGGCUGCCCUCACAGUCACCACCCACCCCCACAUCAGCAUCAAGUCGGAGCCGGUGUCCCCUAGCCGCGAGCGCAGCCCCGCGCCGCCCCCUCCAGCUGUGUUCCCAGCGGCCGCCCGCCCGGAGCCUGGCGAUGGCCUCAGCAGCCCGGCCAGCAGCUCCUACGAGACCGGGGACCGGGACGACGGACGGGGGGACUUCGGGCCCACGCUGGGCCUGCUGCGCCCAGCCCAGGAGCCCGAGGCUGAGGGCCCUGCUGUGAAGAGGAUGCGGCUCGACACCUGGACAUUAAAGUGACGAUUCCCAGCCCCCUCCUCUCAGCCUCCCUGAUGAAGAGUUGACAAUCUCACCGCCCACCCCUCCUGGCCCUGGGCUCCUCCCGCUCGACCCCCACUUCCUUUUGUGCUCCGUGUCCUGUUGACGGUUACAUUUGUGUAUAAUUAUUAUAUUAUUAUUAUUAUUAUUAUUAUAUUUUUUUUAAUUUGGAUUCUCGCUUUGGAGAGGAGGAUGCUCCUGUCCCCUCUUUCUGCACCCCCCGCCAUUUUACUGGCUGGGGGGGCUCUUUUUUGCGGGAAGGGGGACACUUUGCACGUUGUACACAUAUGCUGCAGGAGGGGGUGGGGAGCCCGACAGGCCCUUGGGACAGGACGGGUGCCGAGCCCUGCAUGCAGAGCCCUCCCACCCCACCCCCAGAUAGAGGGAGAUAACCAAAAAACCUACCAGGCCACAAAACCCCUUAUAAUAUACUGAAACCCCAAAGUCGGCCUGAUGGGUGGUGGGUUUGUGUUUCAGGGGGCAAGUGAGCCCAGGUUCUGAAAAGGGUCUCUGCGUCUGGGCUAUUCCCGUGGCCACAGGCACAUGGGGUGAAAUGCCCAAGCUUGGCCCCCCAGUGCCCCUGCACACACACAGCACUCUCACGGAUUCAUGCAUGAGCUGCACCCCCAAGGUGUGGGGGUGCUGGCCGAGCCUCUGGGCUGGGAAGGCUGCCUGGGAUUCGGAGGCCGGGGGCAGGGUUUGAGGUAGGGGGCCCCUCGGAAGCACAUUUGGAGAGAAAGACGGAGAGCCAUGAGGAGGGGCCGAGAGCCAGGGUGAGGGGUGACUCGGGGCCCCCUUCUGUCCCUGGUAGUUUCUCUAAGAUAUACAGUGCAAUAGCUCCCCGUCCCUGGGCUGACACCAGCCCCCGAAAGCAGGCCACAAAGUGCAGGGAGGACGGCGGGCAGGGGAGGGAACAGCUCAGCAGGACUGGCGCCCCGGCGUCCAGGGGCACGUGGGAGUGGGGGCUCUCUCUUCCUUGCACGGACACAUCCCCAAAGGAGGGACACUGGGGUGGCGUGAGGGUGGGAGGCCCGCCUGCCUCCUUUCCUCCUGGGCCCUCCCCAGCCCCCUCCCCGCUCCUCCCGCCCCGACCCCACCUCCCUGGUCGGCUACCUCCUGCCCCACCACCCCCGGCAGCCCACCUUCCCUCUUGGCUACUGUAACUGUAAAUAGCAACCUUUGGAAAACGUUAGCAGUGUAACAGUCCAGGAAACUGUUUUUUUUGUUGUUGUUGUAUUGAUAUGAAAUGAGAUUCUAUUUUUGUCAAAGUAUAUUGUAAUAAUAACGACUCAAGCGGCCCGUACUGUACAGAUGAGACUCUUCUGCUGUUGUUCUUGCUCCCCGCCCCGCCCCUCUCUGCUGGGACCUCAGGCUGGACCCCAGAUCAGACGCGGGGGGGCAGGCCCCCAGCCUGCCACCCGGGUGGGCAGGUGGCGUGUGCAGGUGGACAGGGGGUCUGCCCCAGUCCUUCCCCUGCACCCAGCUCCUCUGCCCCAGGGACGCAGCGCUCCCUGGGGGCGUCAUCCCAGUAGGACAGCAGACGGUAGACAAGGCCCAGCUUUGCGGUCCUGCCUCUGCGACCCAGCCGCUUGCAGUAUCCCGACACUUGACGCAGGGAGGGAACCAGAAGCAGGGGUGUAUGUGACCACACGUGCACCUGAGCGUGUUCGUGAGGGCAUCCGGUAUCUGUGUGUGUGUAUGGGGGCGUGGACGUACCGGUGUGUGUCUCUGAGCCCAUCUGGGCCUAUCCACGGAUCUGUGUGAAUCGAGCUCCGAGGGCAUGUCUGUGUGUGCACGUGCCUGGCGUUUGCGGAGGGACAGUGGCCGCUGGGCCGCACAGCCCUGGCUUCCAGCUCCAGCUUGGCCCCUGCCCCAGUCCACCCUCCGCUUUGACAGGUUUGGACCACAGCUGGGGGGAUCCGGCAGUUGCCCCCUUUGCCUCUCGCUGGGGCCCUGCCUCUCCUGGGCUCCACACACAAGUGGCCACCCGGUCCCUGGUCCUUUGCACACACGCAGCCGCCCUUCCUGCUCUUCCCCCACCCCAGUCCUGCUUUCAGGGUGACACUCAUGAUUCUCUUCCUUCUUGAAGCUUCUUCUUUGGGCCGUGACCCUUCCUUACUCAGAGUUUAAGCCCCACCUGCUGAUUGGGCACACAGCAUGUCCCAACCUACUCCGUGGGUUCCUAGAGGGAGUUUGAAGAGUCGACGAGACUCGAUCAGGGCCUCGAAGUGCGCCAGGGUAUAUAGGCUUGCGCACGCGUGCAUCCCCAGAGCCUUGCCCAGCGUCUGGCACCUACUUGGUGCACGGUAAAUGCCGAAUGGGUGAGCGAUAGGUGCUCAAUAAAGCUCGAGUGACUGGCUUUCCCUUCUCAGGCUGUUCCUGGCAGCAGUCGCCCACCUUUGGAAGCUGGGCUUGGCCGCCACUAGACACACGGUGGGGACGAGAGCCCCUGCGGUUCACGGUGCAAUAUUCACCAGUUUUGCCCUCUGCCUUGUAAUGGCAAACCUGGCUUUUGAUUACCGUGUGUGUGUGUGUGUGUGUGUGUGUGUCCUUCCUCUCUCCCUGGGGGCAGGGGGUGGGUCUGUGAAUGAAUAUGUGACAUUUCUGCAAUUCAGUAUCCCAAGGUUUCUCUUGGGGGUAGGGGCUCCUGGCUGGCCAGACGCAUGGGUCCCUGGGAACCCAGACCUCAAGGGGUGGGGGGGCUUCAUUUCUUCCUCUCGCAAAGCCAAAUUUGCCUCCACCUACUCCUUCCUCCUGAGAACUGGGCGUUUGCCAAAGUAAUCACUGGAGUCAUCCCACGCCCCUCCCUUCCCCAGCCUUCCCACAGCUUCCAGGGACAGUGGGCAAGAGGACCCUCCCAUUCCACUGGGACGCACCAUUCCCCCCUCCCCAGCAGUGCCCUCGAUGCAGCAAGACUGACCCCCGACCUUUACCCAGCCCUCCCCACCUUGGACAGGAAGGAAUUAAUGCACCUUCUCUUGAUGAUUAUUUAUUUGUUUGGAGAGACAGAAAUGAUGUAAAAGUGUAUCUAGAAAUAUCUAUAUCUAUAUAUUUUUAACUGACUCUUUGGAAUCCCCUGGGGUGGGGUGGGGGUGAAUUUAGGCUUUCGUAGAGGAGAGGAGACCUGGAGCCUGGGAACUCUUGUCCUCUCCUCUGCCACCUCUGUCCACCCCCUAAGCGAUGGUGGAAGGCGUGGGAUUUGUGUGGGGGCAGGGGGCUCGAAUGUGCUAUGGAGAAUCUGGAUUCUCUUUGUCUUCCCCAUUCAGGUCCCAGAGGGAAGGGGGAGAGGGAGGGAGGCAUGGAGGUGCCCCCCCAAACCCGACAAUCACCCACACUCCUGGGGCUGCUCCUGGGUCCUGGGCAGGGCGAGUCCAAGUGUGUGGCUGUUGAUUUGUUUUCAAUAUUUCUUUCCGUGCUGUAUGGUGAUGCUUUCUUAGUAUUCUACACAAUAAGAAGACAAAGUCCUCGGGAUUCUUAUGAGUUUUGUUUGAAAACUCUUUCACUAUAUUUGUUGUAAAGAGGUUUACUAUUAAAAGAAAAAGAAUACACGUUUCUGAUA